UCUCUUUUCAAUGAACCAAUGUUAGAGAUCAGACUGAUGGUUUGGAGUUGAGUGGUGUUUAUUUAAGUGACCUCAUACACACGUGAGAUGCAGUGGCGUCAUCACGGAGUCGGGCCAUCAGAUGAUGACCAUAUGGGCGAGUUAUAAAUGUUUCUCUCAUACAUUCUUUGCUCCAUCAAAAAGGUUUUGGACUCUUCCUAAGAAGUAAAGAACUGAAGAGGGAAACUUCGAUAUAACAAUUUUAAUUUUGAUGGUUUCAAAAGAAUUUGCCUCGACAAAUGAGAUUUAAAGCAUCUCGGGUAGAAAAUUUGAAAAAUCAACAGCAUGCGGAGCAGUGAAGAGGAUGAAAAGCUCCACCCUGUUACUAUGUUACUGCAAAGUGGCUGCAGCUUUCUCCAACCUCAUGUUAUCUGUAUGAGUCAACAGAGAGUGCAUCAGAUAAGGCCAGGGGACAAGUCGAGUCGUACAAAGCAUCCAUUGAUUUGUUGGAGUGCUAAGCUCAAUGGAUGUGCAUCAGAAGAGAGAGUUUUCAGUUCUGGACGUCAGGAAGCUGCAGGAGGAAGUAAUCAACACAUCGUAAAUCACACCUCAGUCCGUAGCCGAGACACAAAAUGACAUCAUCAGUACUCGUGGCAAACCUCACACAGGAGUGGGUCGAGAGUCUGCAGAGGUGGCACCUGGAGUUUUUUUUCAUCCCCACCACGGUCAUCACCUUGGCCACCUUGUUGGCCAACCCUGUUCUCCUGGCGUGUAUCUUCCUGUCCCGUGCCUUGCGGCGGGAGACACGCUACCUGCUGGUGGCCAACACCCUGAUUGCGGACAUGCUCUUCCUCAUUCUCAACUUGGCCGUUAUGAUCUGCAACGCCGUGAGUGCUCAGGUCCCCUGGAUCAUGUGUGGGCUGUUCACAGCCGUCACCGUCACCGCGUACUGCUGCACCAUCCUCACCAUCACCCUCAUGGUGGUGGACACCUACGCUGCUGUCCGCUGGCCUCUUCGGUACCACGACCUGCUCCCUCCUGCCCGCAUCCACCGCAUACUGGUGGGGGUGUGGGUUCUAGCAGCUGUGUACCCAUUCACCCUGGUGAUCUUGAUGGAGGUGGAGAGGGGAUAUCCCCAUGAGAAGUUGUCUGUUUGUCUGGUCCUCGUCUCCCUCGGCCUCAUUCAGGUCCAGAACGUGGUAGCCAUCCACAUCUACUUCUUCGUUGCAGCGCUCGUCUGUGCUUUGCUCAUUUUUUACUGCUACAUUCGACUCUACAUGGUAACAAGGACCCAUGGCAUCUGGCAGAGCCGCUUCUCCAGGGCUCGGGUCACCCUGCUGGCCCACGGGGUUCUGCUCCUGCUCUACUUCACCCCAGGAUUUGUUUUCACCCUGGAGCUUUUCCUGUUCCAGAGGAAAGACAUUAGUCAAGAUGUUCGUGUGUGGGUCAGCACAGUCAACAUGUGUAUCUUCAUGUUGCUGCCCAGAGCAUUUGCUCCGUACCUCUAUGGGUUGAGGUACAGGGAGAUCUCUGACACUUUGAUGCAGCUGCUGCAUCGACACUUGGGACUCUGCCAGAACACGGAAUCAUAAAUAACUCAUCAGGACUGUUAUCACAUUUCUACAAUGGCAUUACUUGUGAUAUCUGGUUUUUAAAGUAGCCCUCCAACAAACAUAGAUACACCUGCAAAGACAUUACCAAGGAUUUUAGAAUUAAUGAGGCCAUAAAUGCAAAUUCUCAGUGUGGCCCUUUCUUUGAAUUAUU